AUGUCUAUGGAGAAUGAUGGAGAUACAGAUAAUAUAGAACUAAAUAAAGCAAUUGCCGAUUCUAUAUCGUCGUUGAACUAUCAGCAAGAUGAGCAUGAAAAAGAAGACGACAAAAGCGACCACGCUGACGAUAUUGAUUUAGAGAACGCUAUUGGGGAUGUGUUCAAUCAGUUUGACUUCGGGGACACAGAAGCUAAGAACGAGGAGGAUGAACAAAAUGCUCAUGAGGACAAGGAAGACGAUGACCUGGAAUUGAAUAAAGCUAUUGGUAAUGCGCUUGGGUCAAUGGAUGUAAACAAACAACAAACAAGCGAAGUUUCACAAAGUACGACAGAUGCGAAUGCGGAGGGGAAUGCACCUGGAUCAGACGAUAAGGAGAGUAGCAGCCAGAAUGAUGAUGGGUUAGAAGAGGCUAUAGGAAAUGCCUUCAGUUCAUUAGAAGAUAAGCCAGAAAUACAUAAUGACGCAAAUCAUAAAAUACGGAAAGACGAUGAACAGAAGGAAGACUCGUAUCAACGUACGGAUGGAGGCUUGAACGAAGGAGGAGGAGGAGAAGAAGAAAAUGUCGAUUUGGAGAAGGCAAUAAGAGAUGCUUUCGAGAGUAAUCAACAAACACAGAAUGAAGGACGUACGGAUUCGGAAACGCACACAGAAAAUGAUUCCAUAACAACGGCUUAUGUGCCACCUAUAACCACGGAUAGUGAUAAACAUGAUCGAGUAGAAUCAGAAAGGUUAGAUGAGGUGAUAGAUGGUGCUUUCAGUACACUCGAAAACUCUGACCGUCAAAGACGAACGAAUGCCGAAUCAGACAAUGACGAAGACUUGAAUAGAGCUAUAGCCAAUGCUUUCAGCGGUAUAACUGAAAACAAUAAUAGCCAUGAUACAUCUGAAAAGAAUGAGAGAGAUGGUGGUGAAGAUUUGGAUUUGAACGAGGCCAUUGGUAAUGCGUUCAAGAAUAUAUCCGAAUUAGGAGGAACUAAUGAUAGAUCGAAAUCAGAGUCACAAAUCCAAACACAUGCAAAUGAACGCCAAGAUGAUCCUUAUGGAAAACAAAUUCAUGAUGAGGUUCAACGCAGGGAAUCUCAUGGCGACAAGUUAACGAAUACUAUAAAUAAUGUACUUGAUGAGUUUAUUCCAAGCAAGGAUGAAAAUAAAGAGAGCUCCACUAAGGAUGAUGAUUUACAUGACGCAAUAUCCGCAUCGUUUAAACAAUUAAUGGGCGAACAUGACACGAAGAAAGAUAAGGAAAUAAGUCAUGUGUCUCAAGUAUCAGAAGCAAAACAAUCCAGUAAAGAUGACAAAAAUGAUAAUAUGGAUGCUUUUAUGGAAAAUGUUAUUAGUGAAGCUUUCAGAAAUGUUGCUGAACAGACAAAAGAUUCACAAGAUGCAACCGCUUCGUCAAAAAGAACUGAACAUGAAAAACAAAGUGAAACAGGAUUUGACUUGACAAAUCUUGUUCAGAAUAUGGUGAAUCAAAUGUCUCAUGCUGAAGAGAAUACAAAAUCAAAUCAAGGUGGCUUACCUAUUUCUGAUGAUAUAUUGCAGGAAUUGGCUUUAGAGAUUACAAAUCAAGUUCAAGAUCAGCUCGAAGAUGAAUCACACAAGAAGUCUAAGACGAUAACUGAUAUGCCGCAAAUUGAUGAAAAUGUUUUAGCCCAUUUUCAGAAUGAAGCAUACAAAGACGAUAAUAAUGACAGUGAUAAAGUGGAUACGAACAAAAUUUCAACUGAAGAUAAUACACUUCAAGCAGCAUUAGCAACAGCUGUUCGUAAUGCUAUUGAAAGUAAUGCAACAACCUUAAAUGAUCCUAAUAGAAGAUUAUCGCUUUCCCAAGGAAAUAAACAAGAUAACGAAACAGAAGACCUCGAGCAAUUGCAAAUGAAUGAUAUUUUACAAAAUGCUUUUAAUAUGGCUAUGGAGAACCCUCAUGAUUUAUUGACCAAUUUAGAGAUGGAAGAUGAAAAUGAUGAACAUCACAAUAAAGCAGAUGCGCAUUCAACUAUUGCCAGGUCUCAGAGUAAUCAAGUUGCUACUGCAUUGGCUAAACUACCACACCCGUUACCUGCUUCAACUACUACUUUCCUAGAAUCGUUGAAUCGUUCUAAUGACAUUGAUUUAUCAGGACCUUCAUCAAAUAGAAAAAAGAAAUCUCAAAAUCGUUUAAGCAAUAUUUCUACGUCAUCUGAACUUAUAUCAUCUCAAACAGAUCGUAUAUCAGCUGUUGCCAAAAAUAUAAUGAGUAAUUUUGCAAAUAAAUCAUUGACAUUGAAUAGUAAGGACGAGGCUAAAAAAAAUUCUUUAUCUAUUGCGGAGACUUUAGCGUUGCACAGAUCCUCCAUGAACAGUGGCCCUCGAAGAGACUAUUCAUCAAUAGAAUCAUUAGAUGGGGCCUUGAGGAGCGAACCUAGCUCUAGUUCUAAUUCGGAUGCAAUUAAUUCACAAGUUUCAAAUGUUUUAUCUUCACUCUCAUCUCGUAUUAAUAGUGCAGCGGGUAAUUCUGGUGCUGAUAAUAAUUUGUUGCAAGUAAUAAGGCAAAUGACUAGUGCUUUAACUUCAAGACCAAGUACUGCUUCAUCUUCAUAUUUAUUACCUACUACUACUCCCUCAGUGACUGAUAUUAUAACGAGCUAUAAAGAUAAGAAGGAUGAAAGCGUAAUCAUUAGUCCUUUGGUCUUAGCUAAGAAAUUCUUAGAAGAUAAACAAAUGGCUCCAACUUAUGGAAAAGCAGUAUCUUUAAUAGAUAAUGUAUUAGAAUUGUUUAAUUCUAAUUCAACGAGUGAAAGUCAAAUUGAUCCUUCAAUGAGAGACACAUCGUUUGUAUCGUCUCAGUUGAAUUUAGAUAAUGUUAAGCCAGAAUUUAUUACUUCUAUAAGUAACUCAGUUGCAUCAGCAAUUUCAAGCUUUAGUUCAAGAUCUAAAAAAGGAUCGAUUUUUGGAGAGAGAUUCAAAACUGACUCUCCAGAAUAUAAGGAAAGAAUACGGUUAGAAAAUAGAGAACGUAAGAAAAGAUGGAGAGAAGAAAAUGCUGAACGAAAUAAAGAUAAUGAUCUAAGAUCGAGAGUUUUAAAAAGGGCAACAUUAAUGUUUGGUGAGAAGGAUACACCUGACAAGAAAUCUUGGGUCGAUGAUGAAUUUAAUAAAAGGCGGGAAAAGAGAAUAGCAAAACAAAAAAAGGAUGAUUUUGAAAGACAAAGUAAAGGCUACACUGAUGAUGAUAGCUUCGAUAGAAAGUCAUUUAGAGAUAAAGAGCCCAAUGCUUUAGCUCAUGAUCCUAAUUUAAUAAGACCCGUUACCGAUAUUUUCAAUAUAGUAUCAAAUUUUGAUCAUAACGAAGAUCCUGAUGCAGCAAUUACCGCGACGUCAGCGGCAACGGCAACGGCUGCAGCAAUAUAUGCUAAUACCCAUAAUACAACAAACUCCAAGAUGGUAGAGUCUGCAGUAUCUAAGAUCCUUUUGUCUUUGAUGGAAAAUUCUCAUUCAGUCGAUAAAGAAGAGCGUAUUGCCAACCUUUCAAGAGGCGUCACAUCAUCUUUCAAAUUGGAGACAUCACCUACAUCAUUAUCGACCGCUAAUAAACAAACGCUUCCUUCAAAACUACCAGAUAGUGAAUUAACCUCGCUUGUCAAAACGACGCCUACUUCAACAAACGGUAUUUUGAAUAGGUUAUCAGCUACCAUAAGAGGAUUUUCACCAUCCACUUUGUCUUCAUUAUCUAAUUCGAAUAACGUUCCGAGUUCCUUAUUACAAUUGCAAAACUUAACGCUCAACAAUGAUCAGGACGAGAAUUCGCAAAAAAGGAAGACUAACGAACCUUUACCACAUGAUACGAAACGAUCAAAACCAUCAUCUCCUCUGUCUGAACUGAAAUCGUUUAUCGAAAGUACAUAUGCACCUGAAAGUUCUUCGAUUUCUAAUAUUGCGUCCAAUUUAGAUAAUAUUCGAAAUGCAAUUUCGAAUACUAAUAAUUCUCACUUAUGGAGUUCAUCAAACGCAUUGAAGAUGCCCCAUUAUAAAAAGCCUGAUGUUUUUUCUGCCAUUUCAGUACAUUCUAACACGGAUGAUAAUAAUAUCGAUCCAGCAAUUAAAAAAGAAUAUCCAACCUUGUCAUUAGCUUCCACAUCACCAUUUAUUUCAAAUAAGUCAAACUACCUAUCAGGAAGUAGAUCCUUAUCUAACUCAACUAUUGGGGAAGCAUCAAUUGGUUUGAGAAAGCCAGGUAGUUUUCAGAGACCAAGCUAUUCUAAGCCAGAUAAGAACAAAACACAUAAGGGGUUUGGAUAUCCUCCUCUUCAUUCAACUUCAUUUAAGGAUAAUUAG